AUGAUGGUGAACGAUAUGUUUUACCUGGGGCAAUCUGGAGAUGGGCCGGCCAUGCCUCAGGGUGCUUCACAGCAUACGGAAGCGCAGCCCGCUGCCGCGGGCAGACCACCACCUCUCAACGAAGUCCCUACUCCUGUGGGCGCAAGUUACAGUUCCAGUGCUGCUGCGCAAGCUGGCGCUCAUCGUUCGAGCUUAGCUGGGCAGCAGGGACCCCACGCACGCAUAACGUCCCGGGCGGUGCCUUGGCGAUCCUGGAUAGUCACUGACUGGUACGUCAUAGACUUUGUGGAGCCGCUGCCGGUGCCGCAUGCAGAAUCAGCGUCGCGUCGGCGACUUCGGAGCCCUGAGGACCAGACACAUCCGAAUGCAGAGGUCGCUGCUGGGGAACCCAGUUCGCGACGGAGGCACAUAUACACUGGCAGUGGUUUAAGCACUUGGUUACCAGUUCCAGCGGGGACCAGCCAGCGUCCUUCAGAGCAGGCGAGAAGCGCAUCAACGCCUCAAGUUGUUCAAACCCAGCCAGGCCUCCCUAGUCAACCAGUGGUUAACAGCUCUCCGCCACUUGGAUUUCUGAUACAUCCGUACUCUCGCCCCGCGGAGCAGGAGACGCCGAGAGCUGUAAGACUUGGCAAUCAGCCAUCGGUGCCGGUUGAAGGCUCUCCGGCAAGAAGCACAACUGGUUCAGGUUUCCUGUACCCGGCAGGCAACGAAGAAGGAGCUACCCGGAAUGGGCUACCCGGGAGUCGACCAGUGCAGGCCACAGGUGGAGUAGGGCCCCACGAGAGGCCAGCGUCGGCUGCACCGCAGACCGAGCAGGCGCGCGAUGACAUACGAGGUCAAUCUGUCCAUUCUGGCGGAAGCGGAGUCUGCUCAGCAGCCCAUCCUGUACACGCUGGCCCUGUAUUCUGUCCGCCCCAGCCUCGUCCUCAGGUCAACGUUUCUGGCCAGUCGAACGCUACAACUAGUGGCGGCAGUGCCGCUCAAACACAAGGUACGCCCACCCGGAUUCCGGAAAUGCUGCGCGCUCAACCUGCCCUAUUCAUGCCAUUCAGCGCUCGCGAGCGACUUGCUGCGCUGCGGGAGUCUCUUCUGCUGAGUCAGCUUCGUGAUGCAGAUCGUCGUCUUGGUGAUAACCGUGUGGCCCUCGACAGUGUUCGAGAACUGGAGGAGCAGCUUCUUCAAGAGAGAGACUACUUGGGACGACACGCCACUCGCGUGCUUCACCGCUAUUGCACCCAGAGGGCACGGACGCCUUUUCUGUCGCACGCGCGACCUGAAACCAGUGUUCGAAGGCACUCCGCUCCCGCACGCGCUCUCCCUGAUGGAACAGCGCCUGCCCCCCAAGGCUGGUGGCCGUACUAUAGCGGGGCUGGCUGGUUGCGAGGUAGGCCUCAAUUUCACCGCGCAUGGUACCGCAGCCAAGCCACGCCUGAAGGCGCGCAGCCCGACGGAGCCCCCAACGCGGGGCUUUCAGAAAGAGAUCUUUCGCGCUUGCCAUGUGCACCCUGGACUAUGGGCGCAACUCAUGCGGCGGAGGCUGAAGAUAGGACUGCCAGCACUGGAAGCACAGACGAAGUCGCCACUCCAGCCUCUUGCCGUGAGGGCGGGUGCGCCGAGACGCCAGGGCGGGCACGUAAUGAAUACACGGAGUUCUGCGCAAUAUGCAUGGAAGCCUAUGAAGAGGGCGCCAUGGUGAGAUUCCUGCCGUGCUUGCAUGCGUACCACCAGGCGUGCAUCGAUGUGUGGCUUUCGAGAAGCGAGCUGUGCCCCAUUUGCAAGCAGGACGUCGGGCACCUACUGGCUCGCCAGAGCGCAGCCGUAGUGGAGCUGUCCGCACAGCCUGUUGCGCAGACGGACUAA